AUGCAGGAUAUAAGCAUGAUUGGGCCUGACCAGGGGGCGCUGCUUAAGGACUGGAUGCCGAUCUUUAAAAAGCAACCACGGCGACAAGGAAGUCAAUUUCUGGGUCCCCAAGGGGAGGAAAAAGACGAAGAAGAAAGAAGCAGAAGAAGAAGCAAAUAUAAGCUGCUCAGCUGGAAAAAGCAAGGAGAGAAAAAGUCGAAGUUGGUCGUCUGUCCUGCAUGGCCGUCUUAUGGUGCUAUGCCUCUCACAAGCCAGCAAUCAAUGCCUUAA